AUGUUGUACGAGCUGAUUGCCAUUGUCCGUCCGGGCAGCCUCCACGAGGUCCGAGAGAUUGCCCGUAAUGCCGGCAUUCAGGUCCUGCGCUCCGGCGGCGUAGUCCGCGGAUACACCAACUGGGGCACCUUCCGACUCCCCAAGCCCACCACAAAGCACCAGGCCAGAUACACGGAAGGCCACCACUUCAUCAUGCGCUUUGAUGCAUCUGGCCCCGUACAGAUGGCUGUCCGCAGAACCCUCGGUCUCGACCCCCGGAUGGUUCGCUUCUCGGUGGUCAAGCUAGGCGACAAGCUUGAAGACAUCAAGGAUGUCCAGGGCAAGGUUGAAUGGAACAACGCACGCAACAUUUCCGAGUCUAUCUAG